CGGCUGCACAGCCGCUGGAGCAGCCUGGCCACGAGACUCUUGACAGCGGCGGCGGCCCGCGCGGUUCGGGAGCGCAGGGACGGACCGACAGCGGCGGCGAAGGAGGACGCGAGCGCUGCGGCCGGGAGCCAAGUGCGGGCGGCGCGCGGGGCCGGCGGCGCGCGGAGAUCUCCUCUGAAGCAGCGGGGGCUCGAGUCUCCCCAUUCGGCCAGCCAGGAGAGGAAGAGGAUGGCACAGGGCUUACCCAGGGCUGAGCAGUGAGCCUCAGCCUUCUGAACCUGGAGCUCCGACCGGGAGGCUCUACCGCUGGAGUGACUCAGGAAGAAUUGAUGUUCUGGCCCCCAGCGACAUGUACAUGGUGUAAUGACAGGAAAUGAGCAGGUUUGCGAAAAGACCGGUGGCCUAAAAUCGAAGCCUAAGGAGUCGGUGCUUGGCUCUGGCUGAGAACAUGGCCAAUGACGUCGAUGAGCUUAUCGGUAUCCCUUUCCCUAACCACAGCAGCGAGGUGCUGUGCAGCCUCAACGAGCAGCGGCACUCGGGGCUGCUGUGCGACGUGCUGCUGGUGGUCCAGGAGCAAGAGUACCGAACCCACCGCUCGGUGCUGGCGGCCUGCAGCAAGUACUUCAAGAAGCUCUUCACGGCGGGGAGCCUGGCCAGCCAGCCCUAUGUCUAUGAGAUCGACUUUGUCCAGCCUGAAGCUCUGGCCGCCAUCUUGGAGUUUGCCUACACCUCCACGCUCACCAUCACCGCCUCCAACGUCAAGCACAUCCUCAAUGCCGCCAGGAUGCUGGAGAUCCAGUGCAUCGUGAAUGUGUGCCUGGAGAUCAUGGAGCCCGGGAGCAAUGUCGGUGAGGAGGACGACAAGGAGGAGGAGGACGAUGAUGACGAUGAUGAAGAUGAAGAUGAGGAGGAGGAGGAGGAAGAGGAAGAAGAGGAGGAGGAGGAGGAUGACACAGAGGACUUUGCUGACCAGGAAAACUUGCCUGACCCCCAGGACAUCAACUGCCCCCAAAGCCCCUCCAAGACAGACAGUCUCGCAGAGAAGGAUUAUUCGGACACACCCAGGGACUUCCCCGACUCCUUCCAGCCCGGAAGCCCUGGCCAUCUGGGAGUGAUCCGGGACUUCUCCAUUGAAUCUCUGCUGAGGGAGAACUUGUACCCCAAAGCCAACAUCCCUGACAGAAGACCCUCCUUAUCUCCGUUUGCCCCAGAAUUCUUCCCACACCUCUGGCCGGGUGACUUUGGUGCCUUUGCCCAGCUGCCUGAGCAGCCCAUGGACAGCGGGCCACUGGAUCUAGUCGUCAAGAACCGCAAAAUCAAGGAGGAGGAGAAAGAGGAGCUGGCUCCGCCCCCACCCCCUCCCUUCUCUAGCGACUUCUUCAAGGACAUGUUUCCUGACCUGCCCGGUGGGCCGCUGGGCCCCAUCAAGGCAGAGAAUGACUAUGGUGCCUAUCUCAACUUCCUGAGUGCCACCCACCUGGGGAGCCUCUUCCCACCCUGGCCGCUGGUGGAGGAGCGCAAGCUAAAGCCCAAGGCCUCUCAGCAGUGCCCCAUCUGCCACAAGGUCAUCAUGGGGGCUGGGAAGCUGCCCCGGCACAUGAGGACCCACACCGGGGAGAAGCCGUACAUGUGCAGCAUCUGCGAGGUCCGCUUCACCAGGCAGGACAAACUGAAGAUCCACAUGCGGAAGCACACGGGGGAGCGGCCCUACCUGUGCAUUCACUGCAACGCCAAGUUCGUGCACAACUACGACCUCAAGAACCACAUGCGCAUCCACACGGGCGUGCGGCCCUACCAGUGCGAGUUCUGCUACAAGAGCUUCACGCGUUCCGACCACCUGCACCGCCACAUCAAGCGGCAGAGCUGCCGCAUGGCGCGACCCCGGCGUGGUCGCAAGCCCGCUGCCUGGAGAGCGGCCAGCCUGCUCUUCGGGCCGGGUGGCCCCUCCCCCGACAAGGCGGCCUUCGUGAUGCCACCCGCGCUGGGCGACGUGGGUGGCCACCUGGGCGGCGCGGCCGUGUGCCUCCCGGGCCCUAGCCCCGCUAAGCACUUCCUGGGGGCACCCAAGGGCACCCUGAGCCUGCAGGAGCUAGAAAGGCAGUUCGAGGAGACACAGAUGAAGCUGUUCGGACGCGCACAGCUCGAGGCUGAAAGGAACGCAGGUGGCCUCCUGGCCCUGGCGCUGGCCGAGAAUGUGGCUGCCACUCGACCCUACUUCCCGCUACCCGACCCCUGGGCGGCAGGCCUGGCUGGCCUCCCUGGUCUCACCGGCCUCAACCACGUGGCCUCCAUGUCUGAAGCCAACAACUAGGCUGGCCCUGGUCCACCCUAGUCCCAAAUCCUGUCUUAAGUCCCUCUAAGGCCUGCCCUGCCCCAUCCAGUGGACCUGAAUUUUCUAGUUUGAAAACACAAAGGGAAAAUGAGAAAGAAAAAGACAAUACAUUUUAGCUGAGAUGCAACUUUCCUGGCCUUCGAGGGCAGCAUCUCCUUUUUGCUGGUGUCGGAGCUAGACAUCUCUGCCUUGAGGGUUUGGAACACCGCCCCCCCCCCCCCCACACACACACACCUCUCUCUCUGGCUGCCUCUGGUUCACAUAGAAAUACACAGGGUGCCAAGUCUCAGAAGGCUCCACUCUGGUGCCAGGAGCACCUUGCUGCGGUACGGGGCUGUGAGGGGGAGCACUCUGCCGGGCUGGCUGGGAGGAGCUAGCAGGAGGACUGUGUCCUGGCCAUGCACCUUGGUUGUGCCAUUCGACCCUAGGCGGGGUGGAUGGAAAGGAGAGUCCCUCCCAACACUGCCCUCAGAGUCAGGUUCCAGCUCAGAGGUCCCGGCUCCGAUUGAGCAAUGCUUCCGGACCAUGGGGGAAGACCAUCCCCACUGGGCAGAAAGACCUCCAGCAGCCAGGGGCUGGCAUGGAGCAAGCCCAUUUUAUAUCGGUUUGACCUGUGACCUUAGGUGGGUCAACUCUCUGUGCCUCAGAGUCACCCUGCUGUGAAAGGGGGUGGUAACUUAAAGUCCCCUCCCCCACCUCAUACAUAUUCACACCUGUUCCUAGGACAAGAGUUCCUUGGAAGGCAGAAGUUUAGCACCCCCAGUUACUGGAGUUGGUUUCAUCACCUCCACAUUGCCAACAUGUCAGCCUCCGUGAGACAUGCGGCAGAACUAGACAGGAACAACGGAAUGAGAGCAAGAUAGGCUUCGUGGCUUUCAGUAUCCACAGGUAGCUCCAGGAAUCCCAAAUUCUGCCUCACUUCUGACAGGCCACUGCCAUAUCUAGACAUCCCCUGGAAACGAGAGUCAGCAUUGGCUCAACCCCACACUCCCUCAGUGUUCAGGCUCCGCUAGCUAACACCCGAGGGAUGGAGGAGGCUAACAGCCACCACCUGCCUGGGUCCCCCCAACCCUACGAAUGUCACAGAACCAGGGCUCAGCUCUUUGCUCCUAGAGCUGAGGCUGUGACUCCAGGCCUGGGCUUUGCUGGUGACACCCUUCUGUGUUUGAGCCCUGAUCCCCUUUUCCAUAUUUGACCAAAGGGCUCCCGUGCAAGGAGGUAGAGUCCUUUGGGCUGGGCUGGGCUGUGUAGCAAGUCAGACUGGUUCUGGGUUGGUAGUAGUGAGACAGCUUUGCCGGCCCAUGCUUCCUGAGUUUGUAUUGGUUUCUUGAGACCCCAGGAAGGAGAAUCCACCGGCUUGGGAGGCCUAGGCUUGGAGUCCCAGAGCCCCAAGCCCUGGGUACAGGAGAGUCAGCUCUUCCUGUACCAAUUGCCUUGGCUUCUUCAUGUCCAAACACAAACACAAAAAGGCCAGAGAAGAUGGUAGACGCUAUCCCUCCUGAAGCUCCCAAGAGAGUCCCUGCCUGCCAGUGCCACCAGACCACAGUCCAUCAGGGAGGAUUUUCCUCAGAUCCCCCAAUCCUCAUCAGUCACCUGCUGGGCAGCUGCCUCUUAAAUUCCUGUCUGCAGUUCACACAGUUGCCAGUAUGCACAGUUUGCCCCAGCAGCCAAGUGGCUGUAGCUGAACCAGACUCUGAACCAACAGAGGGACCCAGGGGAGGGAAGGCACCCGUGUCAGGCUUCUGUUUUUAUUUUGUAAAGGUAAUGACUUCUUAUAAACUCACUUUUUCAGAUGA